AAGAUUUUUUACUUGGGAGCUAUGCCUCGAAAAAAAGGGAGAGUCCCUUAUCAUGCCAAGAAAGGGAAAGAGGGUUUUCCCCCUGCCCGACUGCGCACUGCACGCUAGUGACGUCACGAUAAUUCGCCGCCACGUCAACAGGCGACCUGGCGCUGAACUUUUCGGGAGAUUUAUGAUAGUCUAAAUAUUCAAACAUUUAAGAUAACAAUACAAUAUUGCAUAAACUCUCCAGUCAAUGUGAUCGAUGUUCAUAUUAAAAAUUUAUUCUAGAUAUGUUUGAUCUGAAUUUUUGUAUUUUUAUUCGACGCAACGUAUGUUAUCCAGAGAUAUGAUCACUGAUUCAGGCAAUAAAUCGAUACAAAAGAUUUACAAGAAAGACUAGGCAUAGGACAUAGCGUUGGUAUCUGCGAUCUCGUUCGUACACACAAUACACAUAACAAUACCUUCCUGCAUUUCGUGUGUUCUCGUGUGUGUCCUGUCGAUUGCCAUGAAGCUAGCAAGGCAUACUAGUACUUGUGUAAUGUAUUGUGCGUGUGUGUGUGUUUGUGCCUGUGUAUAAUCAAUGAAGCAGGGGCCGUGUACAACGAUCAUACACAACAUGUCGGCGGUUGGUCCAACCAAUCUAACGUUGUACAUUGCGGGGGUUCCCCUAACACGCUCCGCGUACACGAACGACCCAAUCCAGCAAUUCGGCAUUUUCCCUCUUACAUGAUUCCUUGUUCGGCGUUUUUGAUCAACUGAAAUUCUGUGAAUUAUUUUCGUUUUGGAAUUCCGACGUCAUUUCGAGAAGCAGGGGAAUUACAAGAAAAUCACCCGAUGUCCAUCAUAUUAGUCUAAGGUUCACAAAGAUUCCUGUCCAUUUUGACGAGACCAUCUGAACGUGAGACGCUGGGAUAAAUAAUUAAAUAAUGGAAUCACCUGGCCUAAAAUCAAAUAUGCUUGAUUGUUGAUAUCAGUGGGGGAAUUCCCACAUCGUGAACUCGGGACAUUAAAGCGUCCGCUGCUCUUACGUUCUGUGUUUGCAUAAUUGACAUGAUUUUUGCAUGGAAGCUCGUGAAUGCGGAUAUUGAAUGCAAUGUUGUGUGAUAGAUUCAUGUACAUUUAUAAGGAAGUUGCUGAGUCAAACUUACAAUGAGUGAAGGAAAGGGAGAGAUUUCAGAGGUAGAUGGCUCCGCCCCUCUUGAUUUAAGAGUGAAAAGGGAAGUAAAGUCAGAGCCGACAACAACACCUGUGACGGAGAAUGUUCCACUCAAUCUAUCCAGGCCGGUGCAUCCGAAAACUGCCUCUUCAGCACCGCCGGAACAACCAACUCCCGCAGCUCCUCCGCUGCAGAUGCUACUACAGAGGGGGACUGGGGAUGUUGGGGUCCAGGGCAAGCCAGGGAGUCCAGAAGUACAAGCAGCGGUUGUUCCCCCUCCACUUGUGAAGCACAGUACAAGCGAUAGUGGGAGUGUCAGCAAGACAAUGCUUGUUAAAGCACCACCCAAAUCUACGGCACCAAUGCAUCACCAGAUCAGCGUGGUGCCUCCGCCGGAUACGAUGGCUUCUGGACAUGUUGUCGGUGCCCCCUACAAGAGAUCAGCUCCCGCUUUUCUUCAGCAUGGCUACCUGGUUCCUCCGCAUCUAACUCCUCAUGCAAUCGCACUAGAGACUGUUGUAGGGAGCCCGAAGAUACCGUUGGUUACCUCUGAGAGUAAUCACGCUUCCGGGAACGUCAAGACAACAUCUCCAGCCAUUCCCUCGGGACCAACUAAGUUGGCCAAAACAACGCAUUUAACGCCACCGGCACUGUCACCCACUAAAAGCCCCAAAUCGAUAGCUGCUCCGUCGGCGUCAGCAGGUGCACCUUCCCCAGCGUCAGCAAGAGCACCUUCCCCAGCAAACUCCCCAGCGCAUGAGCACUAUGUGAAAGCACCCAGUCCUCGUCCUCACCCGAAGAAAAAGACUUCACCAGUACCGCGGGAAAGUCCCAGUCAUGUGGUUCAGGUGACAUCAGAGUCUGGUCCUGCCAAAGCCUCUCCAGCCUCGAGCGGAAGACCUGAAAAGCAUGGUCCAACUCUUCAUGGAGUACACCAAGCAUUGCCAAUGAGCAUGGACAGAUUAGUAGCACACGGGGCGCCACCGCGGCCCCAUGGAACGACUGGACCCCAUCCUGGAAAUUCGCAGAAGCACCCUCCAGGUCACUCGUCACCUAGCGGUCUACACUCCCAGGAGGUUCCAUCACACCCUCGACCAAGGUUACCGCAGCAUCGCAAGAAAUCCCCAACCACGUCAACGCCAGCGUCGAAAAGUGCGGUAUCGCAGAACCCGGAGUUAACGGCGGGACCGCGUCAUGUUUCUGGCUUACCGCAGCAUCUACCGCGGCAAGGACAACCUCUGCAUGUCUCUCCGCAGCAACUACCGCAGCGGUUACCGAUUGGGACUCCCCAUCACGCUGUGCAUGCCCCACCAGUGGAAGCUCUGUUAACCCUUCGUCAUCCUAUCACGUCUGGCUCCUCUAUUCCAGAAGGUGUAUCGCUUUACCCUCCACGUGUUACCCGCCCGCCCGGUAUCAACCCAGGACCGCAUGGACCCUCUCCUGUAGUCUCUCCAGCUACCAACCCCCACCCAGCCACGACCCUCUCCGCCCCGCCCUUCCCCACCCGCCCAUCUCCACCCCGUACCGCAACCGCUCCCCACACCUCGGCGCAGGUGUCCCCGUCCUCCCCGCCGACCUCCUCCACCUCCCAGCCACACCCAUCCACCCUUCCU